UCGUCGUCGUCAGUGUUCCUCGAAUUCGUGUUCCUCCGAUGCCCCCGACCCGACGCCGCGAGCCAGAUCCAUCCAUCUAGCCGAAACCGCGAGGCAGCAAAACCCAAACCCAGAGGCAGCGGGCGUCGCCGGCGGCGGCGAUGGAUCCCCUCUCCGUACUCCGCGACUACGCCGCCCGCAACGAGCUGGACAAGAUCAUCUUCUCCGGCGACGACAUCCUCUUCGGCUCUGACUACACCUUCCCGGCCAACACCCCCACCGCCUUCACCUCCAAGCAGUCCAGCCGCCCCUACCCGCUCUCCGCCGCCGUCUUCCUCGCGCAGCACCACGACCUCAAGCACACCGACUUCAUCCAGGCCGCGCGCCUCCGCCGCAUCCCGCCCGUCUCCCUCCCCGACCGCAAGACCUUCCUCGACUUCCUCCGCUUCGGCCACAACUCGCUCCCCUCCGCCGACCCGCUCCUCCCCUCCGCCUUCGCGCCGCCGGAGACCCACCUCCACCCGCCCUCGCCGCCGCCCGAGGACCCCGCGGCCGCCGACGAGGCCACCACGGGGAAGCAAAUCCGCGCGCUCGAGCGGCCAUUCAAGGACCGCAACGCGCUCCUCGACGCCCGCGGCCGCGACUUCCUCGCCGUCUUCCAGGCCGCCCUGCGCCGCCAGGACGAGCAGCGCAAGGGCGGCGGCAAGGACGCCGCGCCCUCCUCCCGCACCGACUCCGGCGCCGGCGCGGCGGCCCUCGCCAAGCCCAAGGUCGUGGACAGGGCACUGGGCGACGGCGUCGUGCCCAUCAUCCUCGUGCCCAGCGCCUCGCAGACGCUGAUUACGAUCUACAACGUCAAGGAGUUCCUCGAGGACGGGGUGUUCGUGCCCAGCGAGGAGAGGAUGCGGGCGACCAAGGGAGGGAAGCCGGAGAGCGUCACGGUGCAGAAGAAGCUGAUUCGUGCGGAGAGGGCGGGCGCGGCUGGGGGUGCCGUCUCAUUCGAGGUAAGGGACAAGCCGGCUUCGCUCAAGUCGGACGAUUGGGGGCGGGUGGUGGGCGUGUUUGUGCUCGGCAAGGAAUGGCAGUUCAAGGACUGGCCCUUCAAGGACCAUGUAGAGAUCUUCAACAGAGUUAUUGGUUUCUAUGUGCGCUUCGAAGAUGAUAGUGUGGAGGCAGCGAAGGUGGUCAAACAGUGGAAUGUGAAAAUCAUAUCUAUAAGCAAAAAUAAAAGGCAUCAAGACAGGACAGCUGCUCUUGAGGUAUGGGAGCGCUUGGAGGAAUUUAUGCGGGCACGCACAUAAUUGAAGCAACAUGUGUACCAUAACUGUGAUCAUUGGACUAUUAAAGACCCAAAUGUUAUGUUGAGCUGGAGGCUUUAUGCUUGCUGAAUACUAAGGAUAAAAGCAAUCCAUUGUCCAGACAGUAGAUGGCAGAACGUCGUGUCUGGAAGCUACACCCACCAAGAUUACAUCUUUUGUAUACUAGAUUAGGCUACCAUGUGCUCUGUUUAAUUGUAACAUUGUACUGUAGCUGUUAACUUACAACUUUCUUGGCAAGUAUAUGUGAUUGCUUGCAAGUCGCGAAUGAAUUUCUUGAAACAAGUCUGGGUGCCUCUCUAUGUUGCUGAAGAUAUAAUGUUUUAAUGCUUGUGUCA